AUGUCUCAGGUCGCAGCCCCAAGUAAUGAUAGAAAUACCAAAUUUACGGUUAACAAUCACAGCCGGAAGACGGUCAUUGCUAUCAUUUAUGUGGCCUUAGUUAUCGAUUAUAUGCUCACAACGGUGGUUGGUACGUUGAGGGUACUGUAAUGGUGUAGGUUUAUACGCAGUAACUUCUAAAGCACUGUAAUUGUCAUCACGAUUCAAACAUUGAGAUUCUUGUCUAUAAUUUUCUCUGAUAUCAAAUGUCAUGUGUUAUAUAACUCCUAUAAUUUUAGUGCCAAUUGUCCCUGAUUAUCUGACCAAACUGUGGAUUGAAGAGCAUGGUGCCGACAACAAUUCUGUCGCUUACUCUGAGACGAGCAUUCCAGUUGGUGCUCUCUUUGGAUCCAAAUCCAUUGUCCAGAUCGUCUUCAAUUUAAUCGCGGGUCCUCUGACUAACAGGUAGAUCAUCAUGUUACAUAAAUAACUUGGAAAUGCAGUAAUCGUCAAGUCAAAUUUGAGACUGAUUUGACUUUUUUAGGAUCGGAUAUUCAAGUGUAAUGUCCUCAGGAUUUGUUUUGUUGAUUAUUUCUACCGUAACAUUUGCAUUCAGCAAACAAUAUUGGACAAUGUUUGUGGCCAGAUCGGUCCAAGGAAUUGGGUCGGCUUUUACUACUACGGCUGGUAAGAUUUCUUCUGUUAUAUCGACAGCUCAAACCAAGAACCUCCAAUGAUAUUGCAGGUCUUGGUCUGAUCGCCAAAAUGUACACGGAUGAAUCUGAGAGGGGUCGCGCAAUAGCAACGGCCUUAGGCGGAUUGGCAUUGGGUUCCUUAGUUGGUCCGCUAUAUGGAGGGGUACUGUAUCACUAUGGGGGGCUUUUGUUGCCCUUUGGAAUUCUGGCAUUGCUCACAAUUGUUGACGGAGGUAGGUCACAAAUGACAGAUUCCUUCCACUUCUCAUCAUGCUUAAAUUUUUUGUACCAAACCUUCUUUAAAAUGCUGUAUUUUUAGGUGUUCAAGCAAUAAUGCUCCGUCCCAAAAUCGAACGAGAAGACGUUAAGGGUACUAAUGUGAAGACCCUUCUUCUGGAUCCCUACGUAAUUAUUUCAAGUGUUGCUAUUUUCGUCAGCAACAUGACCAUUUCCAUUAUGGAGCCGACCCUUCCUUUGUGGAUGAUUGAAAGAUGGGAUUCUUCUUCAGUUGUCCAAGGCCUGGUCUUCUUCCCUCAGACUCUCGGCUAUUUAAUUAACACUCAAUUUUUGGGAGCCUUGACCUACAAAUAUGGGAGAUGGAAGUGCACAAUCUUAGGGCUGAUUAUCUGUGGAAUUGCGGGUAUCUCUGUUCCGUUUUGCCCCAAUGUUUAUUAUCUGAUUGUCCCCAUUGGAUUGACCGGAGUUGGAGUGGGGAUGGUCGACUCUACCAUGUUCCCGAUGCUUGGGGCUGUGGUUGACAAGCGACAUUCUUCGGCCUAUGGGUCGGUCUAUGCGAUUGGAGAUUCAGCAGUUUGUGUGGCCUUUGGAGUGGGGCCAUUCAUUGCGGGACCGUUUGUCAAAUUCUUUGGAUUUCAGUAGUAAGUUCUUAUGGGCCUUGCCAAUAUAAACAACAUAAUUUUAGCACAAUGUUCUUCAUGAGCGGCCUGAACCUGCUCUUCGCUCCAUUUCUAAUCUUCCUCAAACGUCUGGACGCAAUAAAACGGACAGAAACUUCCUCUUCCUCUUCCAGCCAGGAUACCUCAGAUUCGGACUCCGUUGAGUCAUCUUCUUGCAAGAAUACUUCUCUAAACGGCCUUACCUUCAACUCUGAAAGGUUCGGGAAACUCGGCAAUGACAAAUCCACUUGUUUUACGGUCUCUUGACAAGUAUUUUUACAAUAAACCAGGUUUUUAAUAGAGAACAUUUGCACUCGCGGCAUUGAAAGUGUGAAAUUGGGCGAGGAGGGGGUGAGCAAGUUCCUGGGGCUAUAAUCAUCCGGAAACCGAAUAAAUAAGCAGCUGCCAGAACAUUGAAAUAUAACGAAAGAUUUGCAAUAUUCCAGAGUAGAAAAUAAGGAUUAUGUUGGCUUCUCUUUGACAUUGCACUCCAUUCUCGAUGUCUUCUAAAUAAAAGGGGAAGAACUUGAAGUGCAAAUCAUAUCCUACGAUUAAACUUGGCACAGAUAGAGAUUAGCAUUUUAUAAAACAGACACGAGACUUUUAGCUAGUACUUUCAAAACGUCGUCGGUAUUCCCGCGCCGAAAUUGUUACGCUAUUGGAACUCCCCUUCGGAAUUUUUACUUCUAUUUAUUAUUUCCAUCAAAAAACAAUACCCUCCAAUUUUCAUCAAACACGCCGUUUUCCCGAUUGUUUAUGAAUUCUGAACACCUCUGUUCGUCCUCAUCAGCCCUUUGUCAGCCAUGCUCACAACUUUUUUCGGUGGUCUCGGAAUCGUAAAAAGAUGGUAGUAUAUAGUAGUUAGGUGUUUCCUCCCGUCCCUUUUUAGUACUCUCGAUUUCUUUCUCUUCUUCGGUUGCUACGAGCCUCUGAAUUUUCUAUUUUCUCCCCCUUCUUCCGAAACCCAUAUCCUCGGCCUGCAUUUAUCGAGGAUGAAUGAUUUGGGUGCGUCGUAUCGGCAGAGUUCCCCGAUCACCGGCUACAUGGGCCACAAGCCGGGCGACAAGUUUCUGGUGGGCCAACGGUACUUUCGCGGCCACGAUGGGACAGGCGCCUUCACCGCGCGGUCCGCCAAAUCUCCAAGGUAAGACGCCGACAUUGUUUCAGAGAAUAAAGGGGCUGAAUGGAAAGGGAGCGGCUUCUUGGCAAUGUUGGAGUUCCAAGAGCGGUUAUAAAAGGUGUUAUAGAUUGCCUAUGGGCUUCCGCAUACCCACCCAAUCUAACAAUUGAGUUUUUUAUCUGAAUGAGUAAUGCUUUUCCAUUUUAGCCGAACAUUACUUGAGCAUGCCGAGCCGACAGAAGCCUUAACCGGAGCAGCAUCAAUAAAUUACCAAUACGAUUCGGAAGGGAAUCCUGUGGUCACGGAGGGAGUAAGUUGCUCAGAGGCUCACCUUUCACAUAUUUUUAUUCUUUUUUGAGGCCAGUUUGAAAAGUCUAAACUGCUACAAUAAACUGAAAUCGGAAAGGACUCUCUCUACAACGAAGGGUCCAAUAGCAAAUUUGACAGACUUUAGCCGUAUUACCUCCUCUGUCGUUUUUUUUGGCGAACGACUGAUCCGUUAUACAUCUCAACGCAAUAUUUUAGAGGCAAACCCGGCAAACUCGAGGAAGUCGUGGCAGUCAGAGGAAUGGCCAGACCUCGCACAGUCAGCUCUCACAACAAGCCCAAUCCCAAUACCCGCAGGCAAUGAAUACUUUAAACACAACAAUGAAUGGCCCCGUCUUUCAAAUCCCCGUCCAAUUCGUUCCCGCAUUGGAUGCCUCAUCAGCCAGCCUUCAGAUACCUGUACAUCCGAGUAUGCUAAAUGGUAAGAAAAAUACUAUUACGUAAUGCAAAUUUGAUUUAUUCUCACUAUCUUUCCACAUAACCGAAGAGGGUUUUUGCCAAAUUUCGACUUUUUAAAGUUGCGAAAUAAGCCGCGAGGAAGAGAUUUCUUGGUUGCGAAGCAUUUCAAGUACUCUACAAACUAUAAAAGCUUCUUUCAAGCCUUUUGAGUCACCUCUACAAUGUUCUUGCUACUUGUUGAAUAAGCCCAAAUCAACAGAAAAAACUUAUCCAAAGGUCGUAAACCUGUUGCUUGCAGUAAACCAGAACCAGCCCCCUUCCCGAAGCCGCUCAGUCCACGAUCUUGCCAAUAACACAGACAGGCUAAGUAUUCAUGAUGAAGAUGGGAAUGGGAGGACUGGGAGAAGGACUUCCCGAACAAGGAGAUCAGCAGGAUCGAGGGCGUCGAGGACAUCUCGGAGUAAAAGAGCCAGAUCGGAACCAAAAACUCCGCGCGGUAAGAGGGAUGACUUUAGAAAAUGGCAUGUUAGUCUUGGAUAAAACAAUUAAAAGUUGGGAAUCUGUUUUAAUAAUAUAUUUAUAUAUUAUAUAUAACGAACCGCAAUGUUUCUUUUUAAUUAUACAAAUUUAUCGAAAAAAUAUUUUUCUCCGGCCGCGUCUCCCCAAUUUCCGUACUCUCUUGCCUGAAAUCGCACAAUACUUUGACUCUCCUUUGUAAUGGAUGAACCAAAUUCUCAGCAGUUGAUAUCUGUCCUAGCAAGCGUUAACAAGCCAAAUUUCAAACAAAUCCGAGGAUAUCCCAUCAUGAAUUUAACAAAUUUUGCAAUGUUUAGAUACCCGAAGAGGGGCGGCCAAUUUGAAUAUCCCCCCAGAUUAUGACGCAUUAAAUGGAGCGGGCAGUGGAUGGUGGAGUGAAGGACAGGCUUUGAGGAAUAUUCGGAGGCAUCGGGAAAGAAAUAACAUACCCAAUACGGGAGAACCAGUAUGUUUUAUUAUCAACUGUCAUGAUUAAUAUAAUAAUACAUCUCAUACAUUGCAUAUUUUAGCCGCGAGAAGCUGCGGAUGCUGUCGAAUCCGAAGUCAACCAAGGAUAUUACGGAAACGGAACACCCGCACCUGGAUAUACCGGCCAUAUGAUGGGUAAAUGAUAUUCUCCAUGAGAAAUUCAAUAAUUUUUUGGAUUAAAUUUGAAUAUUUCAGACCUCCAUCGGCUUGGCAUUGGCAAAAACUUCUCGGAUACGGCCAAAGAAUCUCGGAAACUUCAGCAAAGUCUUCGCGAUUCCUUUAAUUCCACCUUCGAUCAGCCCAAAACUCAGCGUUCCCAACGCAAUCAGAGAUCUCAACGGUCCAAUCGGACACCCAAGACUUCAAAAUCUCAAAACUAA